AUGACUUUGAAUAACGUUGCAAGACCGGACCUCUGUGUUUCGUACAAGAAAAUUGCACCACCAAAAGGGCUAUAUACUGCUACACCAAGCAUAUCUGGUGUGGUUAAUCAAUCGAUGCCAAUGGCCGCUAUUUUCUUGAGAAACAAGUUCAUCGCGUGGUUUUCCUUGAUUCAAAGUGUACACUACUAUCUUAACACCGACGAAGACAUCGUUGCCGCCUACAAGGAAGACAAGACCCCAUCCACUAUGGACCAACCUCCCGUGAUCAAGCUAUUUAUGAGUCUAAUUGGGCUGUGUGUUUGUUACAUGAACUUGGCUUUCCCUCAGCAAAUAGCUCCACCAUCGUCUAGCGCUUCAAAGGGCAAAACUGAAACUGUGGUUGAGACGACCACCGAAGUUGAGACCGAAACAACCAAACAGUAG